CACAUUAUCAUAACCCAGUAGCCAAAUACAUUUCUUUUCGAUUUUCUUCUUUGUUCCACCAAUCAGGUAAAAGAAACGAACCUUUUGUACACAAGAAAAUGGAAAUGUAUGAGACAAGAGAAAGUAUUUGCUCUUAUAAUAUUAGUUGAACGCUUGUAUAUAUUAGAAAGGGAGCUAAUUUUUCCCGUAAAAGUUCUCUGCAGUUUGCGCUAUUACAUAUUAUAUGCAAAGAACAUCGAUUUCUUGCACCUGUUAUUGGUGUUUAACUCCUUGGUGAGAGAUAUAAAACUUCAGUGCAUCUUUUAGAGAUUGUGAUCUAUUGUCUGGUUCUCAACGACCAAACAUAUGGAACUGUUUAUUUUCCCUGAUCAUGUACGCUUUGGUACCGUUCCCGGAUAGAGGAUAGAGAAAUAAACGGAGGAGGUAUGAAAGCGAGAACAGAGAUAUAUACAUUGUACAGAGGAGUCUAAUUGUAUUAAACACUUGCAGGGUAGGAUCACUUUUUAUCACACAUUAGGAUUUGAGAUAUAUAUUACAAGACACCAAAGGAAUUAAUCAAUGAUGUUAAGUAGAUGAACCAAACAAGAAACAAGUGUAUUGAUAUGAUGCAAGGUGUCUGCUUCAGGAAGAGAUUUCGUGGAAGUGAGGGAGCAUCGAAUUCUCAUUUGCAAAAACCAGAUAAAGUAAACUCGGUGUGUUGAUCUGUGAUGAGGUACGCAGGGGGAAGCAAAGCCGCGACAUGUAUAGACGAGCAUCUCUAGUUCUUGUAAUCGACCGAAUUUUUUUAUUCCUGAUUCUUAAUACACAAUUCUCCGGACCCAUCAUACAUUUUUAUGCAUUACAUCAUUGACCGGACAUGCAAUCCACAGUUAAGAUUGAUGUAUUUUUUAAAUUCAGAUACACAAAGUAAGAGAGAGAUAAGAGAGAUUACGAAUCUAAACUUAUUAGCUUCCUUACACCCUUCAAGACCAUCCACGCAAGGUUUACUGAUCAGUACAUGAGUUUCAGGUUUAGGAAAGCCAACCCAACUGGCUUACACUUAAUUUGCCUUUUGAUUGAUCCAUCCAUUUGCUUGUUAUUCUUACCAAUACUUUGUUUAGAUAUGUUCAUUGCCAUGUUGGUUGUUUCAUCCCCUGCAAAUAAAUUAUACAUUAGUUGACUAAUCCACACUUCUUGACAUUUUCUUUAGAUUUUUUGUUAUUGUGCUUUACUGUGUCUAACUAUGAUGUAAAAUAACGGAUUCAAACAAUCAAAAGUAAGAACAAUUCCAAGAAGUAAAAACGUUCUUGGUCAAAAUCUUCUUGAGUAGACAUCGAUAAGAACAUUGUCCAAGUAUUUUACAUUUCUUUAUUUGUUGCUUGAAUUAACAAAUGAGACUUCUUUUCCUGUUUGGAAUGAAAAAUUAAAGAAUAUCAGUUCUUGUGGUACUAAUUCUGGCAGCCUUAUUUUACACCAUCAUCUUUUAUACAAAAAGGGUAAGGUCGCCCAUAAGUUAUGGGCCAUAACUAUGUCAUAUGCAUAGUUACCACAUAUACUAAGCAAGUGUGUUGGGUUUAGUUGCAUGUAAUUAACUCAAAAUAGAACUGGUCAAAUAUAACAACAGUAGAGUACCUUUCCGCUAAAAUUACUUCAAACAUGUAAUUUACAAUAUUAAGAAAAUAAAAAAUAUUUUAUUUGUUUUCUCAAUGUCAUAUUAGACUUUUUCUGAUUCCUAUAGAACAAAGGAAUAAGCAUGGUGCAUACCAAGUAAAAUUCUGAACCUAAACAGUUACCCAUUUCUCCGGUCAAAACGCUUGCUUACGUGCACCCACCCUCAAGAGCAGCAAAGCAAGCUUGACAGAGCAUGGAAACCUGAGUUUAUGGUCAAAGGAAGAUGUCUUUGCACCAUCUAUUCGCUUGUUGUAGUUACCAACUGCACUUCGUUGAGAUAUGUUCAUUUCCCUGUUUAUUGUUGCUCCAUUCUUUGCAAAAUAAACUAUAAUUUAGUUGACUAAGACACACAGCUUGACAUAUUCUUUAGAUUUUGUGUGUCUGCUCUUUGUUGUUCUACAUUUGAUGUAAAAUAAGAGAUUCAAACAAUCAAAAGUUAGAACAGUUCCAAGAAGUAGAGCAGAAUCAUUCUUGGUCAAACUCUUCUUGAGCAGUCAUCUCUAUAAAUGUUUGGGAGUUCUCGAUAUUAGUUCCAAUUACAUUUCAUCUCUUUCUCUUUCUUUGUGGCUUGAGAUUUGAAAUGGGACUCCUUUUUAUGCUUGGAAUGAAGAAUUACAGAAUUUUUGUGGUGCUAACUCUGCUAAUAAUUCUCAAUGGGCAGAGCAGUCUCGAGGCAAGAGCUGGUGCGGACAGAAAGGUUCAUAUAGUGUAUUUGGGUGAGAAGCAGCAUGAUGAUCCUGAGUUUGUCACAGAUUCUCAUCAUCAGAUGUUGUGGUCUCUUCUUGGAAGUAAAGAGGAUGCUCAUGAUUCUAUGGUGUACAGUUACCGACAUGGCUUCUCAGGUUUUGCAGCCAAGCUUACCAAAUCUCAAGCCAAACAAAUAGCAGAUUUACCUGAGGUGGUUCACGUCACACCUGAUAGUUUCUACGAACUGACAACAACUCGUACGUGGGACUACUUAGGACUUUCAGCCGCCACUCCGAAAAAUCUUCUAAAUGACAGUAAUAUGGGUGAAGAAGUUAUCAUUGGCGUUGUGGACACAGGAGUAUGGCCAGAAUCUGAAGUCUUUAACGACAAUGGUAUUGGACCGGUGCCAAAACACUGGAAAGGAGGCUGUGAAUCAGGAGAGGAUUUCAACUCCUCUCACUGCAACAAAAAGCUCAUAGGAGCCAAAUAUUUCAUCAAUGGGUUUCUUGCGGAGAACGAAAGCUUCAACGAGACAGAAUCACCAGACUUUAUUUCCCCUAGAGACUAUGAUGGUCAUGGCACGCAUGUCGCUACCAUAGCUGGUGGUUCGGUCUUGCCUGGCAUAAGCUACAAGGGCCUUGCCGGAGGGACGGUGAGAGGCGGGGCCCCUCGUGCUCGAAUAGCAAUGUACAAGGCUUGUUGGGACGAUUCUGGUUGUUAUUCAGCUGACAUCUUGAAAGCUAUGGAUGAAGCUAUACAUGAUGGUGUUGAUGUUUUGUCCCUGUCUCUUGGCUAUCGAGUUCCUUACUUCCCAGAAACUGAUGUUCGAGAUGCGAUAGCUACAGGGGCAUUCCAUGCCGUUUUAAAGGGUAUCACAGUUGUUUGUUCAGGUGGUAACUCUGGCCCAGCUGCUCAGACUGUGGGAAACGCGGCUCCUUGGAUCUUGACAGUGGCUGCAACUACUUUAGACCGGUCCUUCCCCACACCUCUUACACUUGGGAACAAUAAAGUCAUAUUGGGUCAAGCAAUGUACACAGGUCCAGAACUGGGUUUCACUAGCUUGGUUUACCCAGAGAAUCCAGGGAACAGCAAUGAAAGUUUCUAUGGUACAUGUGAGCUUCUUCUCUUCAACUCUAAUAGUACAAUGGAGGGGAAAGUUGUGUUGUGCUUCACAUCAUCGAAACGUUCCGGGGCUGUAUCAAGCGCUGCACGUUAUGUGAAGAAUGCUGGUGGUGUUGGAGUUAUUAUCGCAAGAAACCCAGGAGACACUCUCUCCCCAUGUCUAGAUGAUUUCCCUUGUGUUGCUGUUGACUACGAGCUGGGGACAAAUAUACUUCUCUACAUACGUUCCACUGGAUCGCCUGUUGUGAAGAUACAACCUUCUAAAACACUCAUUGGACAACCCGUUGGUACGAAGGUGGCUGAGUUCUCAUCAAGAGGACCUAAUUCAAUUGCCCCUGCGAUCCUUAAACCAGAUAUAGCAGCACCAGGAGUGAGCAUACUAGCAGCUACAAACACUAACACCACUUUCAACGACCAAGGAUUCAUUAUGCUCUCAGGAACAUCAAUGGCGGCUCCUGCCAUUUCAGGAGUUGUUGCACUUCUCAAAGCUACACACCGUGAUUGGUCUCCUGCUGCCAUUAGAUCAGCCAUUGUCACUACAGCUUGGAGAACAGAUCCAUCUGGAGAGCGGAUUUUUGCAGAAGGGUCACCCCGGAAGCUAGCUGAUCCGUUCGACUAUGGAGGAGGUCUUGUGAAUCCAGAGAAAGCAGCAAAACCAGGUCUUGUAUAUGACUUGGGCCUCGAAGACUAUGUUCUCUACAUGUGCACUGUUGGUUAUAACGAGUCAUCAAUCUCUCAGCUUGUGGGUAAAGGAACAAUCUGCUCGAAUCCCAUACCUUCCGUACUUGAUUUCAACUUGCCUUCUAUCACGGUCCCAAACCUCAAAGAAGAAGUUACACUCACCAGAACCCUCACCAAUGUUGGACCAGUCGACUCAGUCUAUAAAGUAGCUGUUGAGCCACCAUUUGGAGUUCAAGUGACUGUGACACCAGAAACGCUAGUGUUCAACUCAACCAACAAAAAGGUCUCUUUCCAAGUGAGAGUCUCGGCCACACACAAAACCAACACAGGAUAUUACUUUGGAAGCUUGACUUGGAGUGACUAUGUGCACAACGUUACAAUUCCUUUGUCUGUGAGAACCCAGAUUCUGCAAAAUUACUAUGAUGAGAACUGAACUUCUCUCUAGUAACUAUUAUUCUUGUGAUUGUACUGACAUUAUGCUUUGUAUACUUGUAUGUGUCCAACUAUUUAUGUAAUGCUGAAUAAUAACUUCGUAAUUUAACCGGGGGAUAUACAGGGUCACCGGCAAAAAACAAAGUUGAAUAAUUAAUAACGAUGGAAGUUUCUGCUCUGUUCUCUAAUCCCCAGUUUUUAUAAAAAAAAA